AACAGAGGAACCGGCAUUGGCCACAACUGGCAAUGCCAACACAUGGAUCCUACAAAAAUCUCUGGCACAUGACAUCGUAGCACUGGCCAACCGAGGUACCCGGCCCGGUACCUGCUUGCUUUUAUUUAUACUAGACCCAUGGCCGCUUGCAUAGUCGUUUGCACCUGCUACUCUCCCCCUCUCACAUCCGUCCUGCACUCCUGCUCGGCAAGGAAGAAGAAGGUGUCCACUCGUCCAUCUUCAGAUCACGACUUACGAAGAGGGGCAAGCCAUAGCCGCCGACCAACGAAAAGGCCGGAAAGGCCUCUCGUUUGCGCGUGCAACUCGGCGCCCUACUGUUCCUUUCCAAGACUCUGCCCCCACUCCAUCUCAUAAUUGGAGUCACCGCCAUUUCCAAAUCCUUGCUGAGCUGCCGAGUGCAAAUGAAGAGGCAAUGGAAGAGGUCCGCCAGCAGCCAUGAAUCCACAGAACCAGGAGAGAAGCUGGCAUUCGCGGAGGAAGAGGCCCUAACGGCGCUGAAGCACGACGAGGCCGAGCUGGACGACGUGGACGACGACGAGGACGAGCUGGGCGGCCGGCGCGCGGCGCAGUCGACGUGCUGGCUGGGCGAGAAGAAGCGGCGGUUGGCGCUGGAGCAGGUGCGCGCGCUGGAGCGGAGCUUCGAGACGGACAACAAGCUGGACCCGGACCGCAAGGCCCGCAUCGCGCGCGACAUCGGCCUGCAGCCGCGCCAGGUCGCCGUCUGGUUCCAGAACCGCCGAGCCCGCUGGAAGACCAAGCAGCUCGAGCGCGACUUCGCCACGCUGCGCGCCCGUCACGACACCCUCCGCGCCGACUGCGACGCGCUCCGACGCGACAAGGACGAGCUCGCCGCCGAGAUAAGGGAGCUGAGGCAAAAGCUAUCCGAGCCGGAGACGGCAGUGAAGCUGGAGGCGGGCGGCAAUGACGCCGCGGAAGACCGCCAAGCGACGGUGGGUGCGUCAGCCGCGGCGGUCUACAAGGAUGGCUCCUCGGACAGCGACUCGAGCGUGGUGUUCAACGAGGUCGGGGCGUCGCCGUACUCCGGCGCGGUCUUCGAGCAACCGCAGCCGAACUUGGUCGGGUUCGGUGCACCGUUCUUGGACUUGUCGGCUGCAACGAUGGGCUGCUCGUCUCUCCCCAUGUUCGAGACGAAGUGGCAGCACGGUUCGACAUACCCAUACGACUCGGACAAGGGUGGCGGCUAUGGCUUCACGGAGGAAUGGCUUGCCGGCUCGGACGUGAUCAGCAACGACGGCGCAGCCAGCUUCUUCUCCGAGGAGGAGCACGCGACCAGCCUCAACUUCGGCUGGUGCGGGAGUGCCACCGAGGGUUGGGAAUAAGCGAGUUUCUGAUCUCCACGGUUAGUGUCAAAAGUAAAAAAGAAAAAAAGUGACACUGCCCAUGCAUGGACGUUAAUCUCCAACGGGUAGUACAUCAGUAGCACUACAGCUACAUCUAGUGGCUAAGCUCGCGGACAUGCACGGCAAGAUGGAGAAAGAGCAGUAGCCAGUCGGGAUAAAUUUGAGACAGGUUGGAGGAUGUAAAUGUCAAAAACUAUUACGGUCAGUUUAGUCCGCAAGCAAUCCUGGCCUCUAUCGGGAUAAAAAAUAUAUAAUUAAAUAAUAUACAUAAACGUAUUUAUCAAAAUAGAUAAUAUGUUGUCGUAUUUAUAAAUUUAGCAUCUAUAUUUG